AUGAACUAUUCAUGCGAGUACCAGACUGAAAUACAGUCAGCUUUAUGGAGCAGAGCAAGCGUUACAUCAUUUACUGCAGCAGCAAUAACCAAAGAUUCGUGCCAAAGUUUUCUUAUUUGUUCUGACACCAAAAAUAAAGAUAAAGAUACCGUUGCUGCAUUCCUCUUUGCCUUGUACGAAAACCAUCUUUUCCCAAGCAACCAAGUUGAUGAAGAGAUCAUAUGGAGUUAUGGCCCUACCUCAGAAUUCAAAAAUAAAUUUGUAAUGAAGCUCAUUCACCAAUUGUCUUCACAGUUCCAGAAAAGGUUUUCAUGGAAGUUCUCCGCUACGUCUCAUGGAAAUGGAGUCAUUGAUGGGAUUGGUGGUCGGGCAAAAUUGUUGGUUUGA